UAAUUAGGAGCGCCCCUCUGCGCGGGCCGGACGCCGGAGGCAGCGGGCGGUGGCGGGCGGGGCGGACUGGCCGCAGCUACAGCUGCGAUGGCUGGGGCGCUAGCGGGGUUGGCCGGGGGUUUCCCCGGGCCCCGUGCGGAGCCGGCGCCGGACUCGGACUCGGACACGGACUCAGAGGGGCCGGGCCCUCGGCGGGGGGCCGCCUCGCUGCUCCGCUCGCCGCAGGUUAUCCACAGCGGCCACUUCAUGGUGUCGUCGCCACACAGAGACGCGGUGCCCCGGCGUGGCACCCAGGAGGGGCCCGUGGGGCCCGAGGACUUCGGGCCGCGCAGCAUUGACCCCACGCUCACUCGCCUCUUCGAGUGCAUGAGCCUGGCCUACAGUGGGAAACUGGUGUCUCCCAAGUGGAAGAACUUCAAAGGCCUGAAGCUGCUCUGCAGAGACAAGAUUCGCCUCAACAACGCAAUCUGGAGGGCCUGGUACAUCCAGUAUGUCCAGCGGAGGAAGAGCCCCGUGUGUGGUUUCGUGACCCCUCUGCAGGGGUCUGAGGCUGAUGAGCACCGGAAACCAGAGGCUGUGGUGCUGGAGGGAAAUUAUUGGAAGCGGAGGAUUGAGGUUGUCAUGCGAGAGUACCACAAGUGGCGAAUUUACUACAAGAAGCGGCUCCGAAAAUCCAGCAGGGAAGGGGACCUCUUCGCCCCUAGACAGGCGGAGGGGGGGUGGAGGCCACCAGAGCGAUGGUGCGAGCAGCUCUUCUCCAGUGUGGUACCGGUGCUGCUGGGGGGGCCCGAAGAAGAGCCGGGGGGCCGGCAGCUCGUCGACCUCGACUGCUUCCUGUCCGACAUCUCCGACACUCUCUUCACCAUGACCCAGCCCGGUCCUGCCCCACUCCAGCUGCCUCCUGAUGAUGCCUACAUUGGCAAUGCUGACAUGAUCCAACCAGACCUGACCCCCCUGCAGCCCAGCCUGGACGACUUCAUGGAUAUUUCAGAUUUCUUCACCAACCACCGGCCCCCGUCAACACCUGUGAGCUUCCCAGAGCCCCCCAGCUUUAGCCCCAUGGCUGACCCUCUGUUUAGUGGCGGGUUCCUGACACCAGAAUCCCCAGCCACCUUGCCAGGGGUGCCCCUCCUCGUGGGUAGCCGCCUACAGGCCCGGAGCAGCUGCUCUGGACCCCUGGACUCACCUGCUUUCCUGAGCCCCGACUUCCUCCUGCAAGAAGACCCCAAGGCCAAACCCCCCCAGUCCCUACUCCAUUUCCCUACUCCCACCAAGGUGCCGGGCCUGGAGCCCUGUCCCUCUACUCCCUUCUCCCCUCUGGCCCCUUCCCCUCUCCUGAUGCAAGAGGAUUCCCUAUACCCACCCAGGUUUCCUUUCCCUAACACAGCACCCCCUUCAGCAGUCUCCCCACUCCCCACCCCCACAAACUUCCCACCCACCCACCCCAACACUGGCCCCUCCCCCUCCCCUUUCCCCCUGGAGCUCCUUCCUUCAGGAUACCCAGAGCCCUGCAGUGGGCCCCAAUUUGCCGUGCCCCGCCCACGGCUCAAAAGCAAGCCUCCAACACCAGUCCCUCGGGUUCGAAGGCCCAGCCCCCCAGCUUUAGCUGGGGGGUCCAACCCCUGUCUCACACAGCUGCUUACUGCUGCCAAACCAGAACAAAUGCUGGAAGCACCACUCCCCUCGAGCACCACUCUCAGGCCUUCUGGAUCCUCGAAGCCAGGACCUCCUGACUUCCCCUGUGCCUUCUACUCCUCCACUGUGGCUCAGCCCCAGCCUCAGCCCACCCUGACCCCCGUAACACUGGCUCCUCCCGGACCCUUACUGGUACCCAAAGCAGAGCGGCUUUCACCUCCAGCAUCUGGGAAUGAGCGGCAUCUGUCUGGGGAGCUGCCCCCCAUGCCUGGCCCAGCGGGGCUGGGGACACGGAUCUCUCCCCCACAGCCCACUUUGGUCAGAGGACGCCCAGACAACAACAAGAUGGAGAACCGGCGCAUCACUCAUAUCUCAGCGGAGCAGAAGCGACGUUUCAACAUCAAACUGGGAUUUGACACUCUGCAUGGGCUGGUGAGCACACUCAGUGCCCAGCCCAGCCUUAAGGUGAGCAAGGCCACAACUCUGCAGAAGACAGCAGAAUACAUUGUGAUGCUGCAGCAGGAGCGGGUGGCCAUGCAGGAGGAGGCCCAGCACCUACGGGACCAGAUCGAAGAGCUCAAUACUGCCAUCAACCUCUGCCAACAGCAGCUGCCCGCCACAGGCGUGCCCAUCACUCACCAGCGCUUUGACCAGAUGAGGGACAUGUUUGAUGACUACGUCCGGGCUCGUACCCUGCACAACUGGAAAUUCUGGGUUUUCAGCAUCCUUAUCCGGCCUUUAUUUGAGUCCUUCAACGGGAUGGUGUCCACAGCAAGCCUACACAGCUUACGCCAGACUUCCCUGGCCUGGCUGGACCAGUACUGUUCUCUGCCUGCCCUGCGCCCUACGAUCCUGAGCUCCCUCCGCCAGCUGAGCACCUCUACUUGCAUCCUGACCGACCCCGCCAGUGUCCCUGAGCAGGCUGCUCGAGCUGUCACAGAGGGCAGCCUCAGUAACCCCUCCUAGGGGCCUAGCAACUAGCCCGGCAUGACCUACGCUGUACACCUCCACCCUCAACAGCUUGGGAUUUCCCCCCACCCCACCCCAGUGCUUCUCAUCUGGGUGUGGGAUCCAGAAUCCUUCUGUCAGAGGGUGGGGCAGGUAUACCCAGGAUCAUAACAUAAUAGCUGCUCCAGCCUUG